UAAAUGAUAUAAACAAAUCUACGGAACUACUUAGCAGUUAGCUUCAACAAAUACUCUAUAAUAUAAUAAUAAUAUAAUACUAUAUAAUAAUAAUAGUAUUAAUAAUAAUAUAACACUCAUAUAGAGUAUUUGGUUUCAUGUUCAUUGCUUCAAACGAGUCACUGUAGGAUUGUUGGACAUACCUGUCUAUUCACACGAAUAUCGGAUUCAUUUUAUUAUUUGUGUUUUAUGAUCUGAUCUGUGAACUCUUAACAACUACACUUGUACACUAGUGUAAUAGAGGUUUACGUAAUUGUUGCCUUAAUUUUUAUUUUAGAUUAAAAAUUUUAUAGGUAUUUAAAUUAUGCCUGUAAACACGUUUAUUCGAUGGGAAAAUGUAAUGGAUAUUUUAACCCAUUACGGUGUGAAUAAUAGUUUUAUGGAAACAUUUAAACAUACCGCCAAUAAUGAAAAAGUAAAUCUCUGUAUGCAAAAUGAAUUCAUCAGGAGCUGUUUGGAAAAAUGGUUGGAUGAUCCAAAGUUUAAUGAGAGUCUAAAAAAUUCAACCAAAUCCAAAGAGACUCGACUAGUGGCUAAUGAAGAAUUCAAAAUGAAUCGGCUGGAGUUGUGCUGUAAACUUUACACAAAAGCAGCUCAGUUUGCACCGUAUAAAAGUAUAGAAUCAGCAUUAGCGUUUUCUAACCGUUCAGCUAUGUACCUGAGGUUAAACAAAUAUCAAGAGUGUUUAAAAGAUAUUGAUGCCAGUCUGAAUAUAUUGGAAAAUUCAGAUAUUAAUGAACAAGAAGUUAAUAAAGGUCAAUUAGUUGUGAAAUUAUUUAAACGCAAAAUUGAAUGUUUAAUCGCUUUGAAACAAUUUAAAACUGCUAAAACUAACUGGGAAAAUAUACUAGAACUAUCAAAGAAUGUUUAUAAAAUACCCUUAGAAGAUCAAUUUAUCAAAAAAUGCAAAGUUUUGUCAGAUUGUAAUACAAAUUCUAAUAAUGCAGAUAUUGUUAUAAAUGCCGAUGAAACACUUACAGAAGAUCUAAUUAAAAAAAAACUGAAUUCAAAUAAAAUAACUCUUCCAUUUAGGUCUCCUAAAUUGGAGUUAUGUUAUUCAGAAGCUAAAGGAAAACAUUUUGUUGCUUCAACUAAAAUAGAAUUUGGAGAACUUUUAAUAUUUGAAAAUCCAUUUGCAUUUGUGUUGCUACCAGAAUAUUACAAUUCAUUUUGUUAUAACUGCUGUGUACCAUUAAAAUAUUAUUCUAUACCAUGUGACAAUUGUUGCACAAUUUUGUUUUGUGGUGAUAAGUGUCUUCAAGAAGCAAGGAAUUCAUAUCAUCGUUGGGAAUGUAAACAAGGAACAUCAAUUUUCAAGUGUAUUGGAAUUGCCCAUCUUGCAUUGCGUUUGACAAUAGAAACUUCUCAAGCAAACAGCAAUAAUGAUCAAAUUUAUAAUUUAUUAACACAUAUCGAUGAUUUAAAAUCAUUAGAACUAUACCAAUACAGUCUGACUGCCACUCUUUUGCUUUUAUACUUGCAAAAGAAAACCGAUUUCUUUAAAAAACAUCCAAAUCUUGUGCUGGAAUCCGUGGGCAGUGAAUUACUUCACCACAUGACAAGAUUAGUAUGUAAUGGAAAUGCUAUUUCAACUCAUAUGUUGUCAGAUUAUGACUCUGGAUCUCUUACUUCAAUUAUUGACGAAUCGCAACCACGUAUUGGAACAGCUAUUUUUCCUACUUCAAGUUUAUUAAAUCAUUCAUGUGACCCAAAUAUAUUUUCAAGUAAUAUACUGAAGUAUGUUGUCAUCAAAGCUUCUCGAGAUAUAAGCAAAGGAGAGGAAAUUACUAAUUGCUAUGGGCCUAACUUUCGACGCAUGCGAUUAGUUAACAGACAGGCUUCAUUGAAAGAACAAUAUCAUUUUGACUGUAAAUGUUGUGUUUGCAUGGAUCCACGAUCAGAUGAAAUGUUUUUUAAAAUAGUCGAGGGACUUGUAUGUUUAUCAUGUCACAACGAAAUUCCAGCUACUUUGUCAAAUUUAGAUGUUGAUGACACUGUGUAUUGUGGGUUGUGCUAUGUUCGAUUUAGAACAUUAGAUUAUAAGAGAGGAUUACUUAAAGCUGACAAAACUUAUAAUAAAGGAAUGAAAGAACUCGAGGCAAGUAAUGUUUUAAGUGCAAAACGUGUUCUUUGUGAGAGCUUAAGACUUUAUACUCUCGUUUUAAACCAAAAGAACGCAAAUAUUACUAAAUGUGAAGAUAGUAUAGCAAAAUGUUAUGCUCUAGCUGGAGAUUUCGAGAAUUGUUAUAUGUAUUUGGAUAGAAGUUUUGAAGCAAUAGAAGAACGUUUUGGCAAAAAUAGUUUAGAAGUUGCUUAUGAAUUGGAUAAAAUGUCAGAUAUAAUGGUCAACAAUCUAGACAUGCGAAAUAAUCGGAAUUUAAUUCAUAAAGCAUUAAGACAUGUACGGAGAUCAAUGCAAAUAUUUGAUGCCAAUUUGUCUGCAUGGGAUAUCCCAUAUAGUGAAUCUGGUAUAGCAAAUAUCAAACAUAAAGAGAAUAUAUUGUUACAGUUCUUGGAAAGUAGGUUUUGAAAUCUAGAAUCUAAAUAUUGAAAAAAAUAUUUCUUUAACUAGGUUGUUAAUUGUUACAUUAAUAUAUUAUGUACAGUUUUAUUUAUUCCUUAUUAUUUUGUAAUUCAUAUAAUAAUAUGAUGUACAUUGUACCUAUAUAUCUAUCUUAUGAAAUAAGAAAUAUUUUAAGUUUUGUAAUUAUUAUGCAUAAUUUUUAGAUUAGCUACCUACCUCUUGAUCCUUAUUUGUGUGUUUAAUUGAAGUCAUGAUGUUUAUAAAAAAAUUAAUUUGUGUAUUGUUUUGAUUAAUAGAUUAAUUGUUUUAUGAUAUUAUUAUUAAGAAUACCUAUGUCCACCUCACUAUGCAUUGCUCUACUUGGUAAGGCUCUGAUAUUAUGCAAUGUCUAUCUGAAUAAAAUAAUCUGUACAUAAAUUUGCACAAUAAAUCAACAAACUAUUUACAUCAUAACAUGAAUAAAGUGAAAGGUAUGUAACUUA